UAGAGGAGUCUCUCAGGUCUAGCCCACAGCGCCUCCUGCCAGUUUUCCUCUUCCCGUCGUCACACAGCCAUAUAGAUAAUACCUGCAAUCCAGUAGAUGAUGCCGUGCAGUUCAUGCAGUGAAUGAUCUUGUCUUUUCAAAAGUGGGCAAAAAGCAUCACAAAAUCGCACAAACCUAGUUUGUGAGGAAAGUGCAGCCUGUAGCUUGUAACAAUGGUGGAUGCUAUAAUUUCACGAGUGGUGGAGAGAAUUGCAUACAUUAUAGAAGAUACGAUUCUCCAUGAAGUCACCUUCGACAGAGGAGCAAUGGAGCUUCGCGAUCUUGGUGAAAAGCUCCACAAUAUCAGAUAUGUGUUGGAUGGUGCAGAAAGGAGAGGUGUGAACGAUCAAAGCGUCAAAAUUUGGUUGAAGAAGCUCCAAAACAUUGCUAAUGAGAUAGACGACAUUUUGGAUGAAUGUAGCUACUCUCUUCUCAAACAUAAGUCGGAAGCUUCUGAUGAGGUUGAGCAAAAGGUAGGCCGCUCCUUCAUCCCAUCUUCAUGGUUAUGCUUCAAGAAAGUUACUGUUCGUCAUGAUAUUGCCAUGCAAACACAAAAUGUGAAAGUUAUGCUUGAUCAGAUUCUAAAGGAGAGAGAUGAUUUUGAGUUUUCCAUCUUUUCGCCUGAUCAUAUGCAAUCUUGGAAAAUGCAAUCGACAUCUUUUAUUGAACAAGAAAAAGUUUGUGGCUUCGACAUAUAUUGGAAUAUGAGUGAAAUAGUGGGCAAACUGAUGCUUUAUAGUGAUCACACCCAAAUUCUAUCUAUAGUUGGGAUGGUGGGAACCGGGAAGACGACUCUUGCUCAACUCAUUUAUAACAAUACUCAUAUAAAGAAUGAUAUGUUUGAUUUAAGAAUUUGGGUAUGUGUUUCUCAUCCUUUUGAUGUGGUUGGGGUUGCUAGAAACAUUGUUGAGAGUGUGGGAAGAGAUAUUAUUCCUCGAGAUACUAACCAAUUGGAGAUACUAGAUAAAGUUAGAGAUUGUAUUUCAGGAAGGAAGUUUUUUCUUGUCCUUGAUGAUGUUUGGACAGAGGAUGAAGAUGAAUGGAGGCCCCUGAAAAUAAUACUUCAAUAUGGUGCCCUAGGUAGUACUAUUCUAGUGACAACAAGAAAUAAAAGGGUUGCUAAAAUGAUGGGUACCUACGACGAUGAUAUCUAUCACCCAAGAGAGCUUGGUGAUGAAGCGUGUUGGUCAAUAUUACGUGACAUAUCCCUUUCAAGAAAGAGUGAGAGGGAAUGUAGAGAAUUCGAGGUUGUUGGCAUGAAAAUAGCUAGGAAGUGCAAGGGAUUGCCUCUUGCAGCAGUUGUUUUGGGAAGACUGUUACAAUUCAAGGAUGUGGAAGGGUGGAAAGAUGUAGAGAAGAGUGAAAUAUGGCAAUUGGAGCAUGCACAAAUAGAUCUGUUUCCUCAUUUUGUUUUAAGCUACAAUGAAUUGUCCCCGACUCUUAAGCAUUGUUUUUCAUAUUGUGCCAUCUAUCCUAAAAAUUAUCAAUAUCAUGCAGAGUCUCUCAUAGAAGAGUGGAUGGCGCUAGGUUAUCUAGACUCUGUUGGUGGAAAUAGUGAAAUGGAACUCAAAGGGCAAGAUUUCUUGAACAAUUUAGCAAUGCAUUCUUUGUUUCAAGACAUUAAGAAAAGUGAGUCGGGAAGGAAAAUUGAAUGGUUCAAAAUGCAUGAUAUAUUACAUGAUUUUGCUCUAUUUCUUAGGGAGAAUAUUGAGGUGGCUGAAAUGAGAAAUAGAAGUUGUCAAGUUUGUGAUCCUCUUUUAGUUUCUCAAGUUCAAGAGAAUCAUAGUCUUUUCUGGGAAAAGAGAAUUCCUUUUCAUGUUUGUGGUUGUGUGACAAGUGUUCGGAUGUUAAGAAUUGAGAAUGGACUACCUCCGGUGGGAAUGGAAAGGUUGAUUCACUUGAGAUGGUUGGAUUUUAGUGGUACUGCAUUGUCAAAGGAUGACCUCAAAAUCUUAUGUAGGUUUUAUUUAUUACAAACUCUUUCCCUAGCAAGGUGCAACAUAAUAGAGGUUUCACAAGAAAUUGGGAAUUUGGUUCAUUUAACGCGACUUGACUUAAGUGGGAAUGAGAACUUAAAGGAGUUGCCAGAGAGCAUGUAUAGUUUGGUCGAAUUGCGAACUCUUUCCUUGGCAUGGUGCUCUCUAAAAGAGAUUCGUGGAGAAAUUGAGAAUUUGGUUGAGUUAAGACGACUUGACUUGAGUUGGAACACAGAACUAGAGGAGUUACCAGAGAGUAUUAUUAGUUUGGUUGAGCUGCAUUCCUUGAAUACUGAAGGCACUAAGGUGCAGCACCGCUUGCCUGAAGCAGUAUGUCAGUUGAGUAAUCUUCUUACAUUGGAAUUGAGAGAACUCAAAGUAGGAAGUCAUUACAACAAGUUGGGAUUGCUGAAAAAAGUGAAACGUAGUACUGGAUCUCUAACAUUGGAUAUAUCCUUUAGUACAAUGAGUGAUAUGUUGGAACUGGUUAAGGAUGCUCAAGAAGCACGGUUGAAGAUACUCUUUCAAGAACUCGAAAAACUCAAAAUAUCUUUCGAGAGUACAAUGGAUGGAAAUGAGCCUUCCUCAUCAUCAUCACCAUCACCAUCAUCAAUGUGGAUGAAGUUACUAGAAGCUCUCGAGCCCCAUCACAAGUUGAAGCAGCUGACAAUCUGGAGAUAUGAGGGCUCCACGCUUCCUUCCUGGAUGUCAUCGCCUAACAACUUUAUAAAAGAGAUCAGUCUCCAUUAUUUAAGUGAAGUGUCGUCACUGCCAGCUCUGGGGAAACUGCCAUUCUUGGAAGUUCUCUACAUUGACCAUAUGGAGGAACUGAAGCUGGUUCGAAGGGAGUUUUUAGGAACAAAAUCUGCCUCUGAUGAUGAUGUUGUUGCAUUUCCUAAACUCAAAGAACUGACAUUUGAUACGUGCCCCAAAUGGGAGGAGUGGGAGGACAUAACGGAGGAGGAAGAAGAAUCUGCGGACAUCUCCAUCAUGCCAUGUCUCACAGUGCUGUCUAUCAAUUUUUGCAAGAGUUUGAAGAAGCUGCCCCAUCGCCUCCUUCAUAAGGUCUCCUCGUCUUUAAAGGUGUUGGAUAUAGAGGAAUCAUCAGAGCUAGUGGCAACCUACGGAGAGGACAAGGAAGGUUCCCCAUGGAGAUCCAUAUCCCAACAUAAUCCCCAACUUGAACUCAACCUGUAAUGUGUUUCUCUACCUUUGAAGUCUGUUUUACUUUUGUUGAGAUUGUAUUUGUGAUUAUGACAUUUAUUUUUCUUCUUUUAUCGUGAAUUUUUAUCAGACGGAUACUCUUUUUCCUUCAUGGUAUUUUUCCCACUGGGUUUUUUUUCCAUGAAGGUUUUGAUGAGGUCCGGCCUUGAGAGAUCGGUUUGUGUUCUCCAAGGUUUAGGUUUCGUUUUCUCUUUUGUUUUAUAAUAUAUGCAUUUCGCUUA